AUGUCGAAUCCUACUGAGAAAUCAGUGAUCAACACGCCGCCCGAGACACUCGUGUCCGAGACUGUUGAGCUAUGCUUUCUUGAUCGCACGAAUAUUGGCAAUGCUCGACUUGACAACUUAGAAAAGGACCUUCAUCUACACGGUAUUCAGUAUAAUGACUGCCUUGCGAUCCUCUUCCCAUUCUAUAUUGCGGCCGAGAUCCCAAGCAACAUGAUGAUGAAGAGAAUCCGGCCUUCGAUCUGGCUGACCUUCAUCAUGGUCUGCUGGUCGGCAUCAAUGAUCGGACAGGGCUUCGUCAAGAACUAUUCUGGCCUUAUGGCUACAAGAGUGUUUCUUGGAGUCUUCGAAGGAGGCUUGUUCCCAGGCGUGAACUAUUACAUCACGCAAUGGUAUUGUAGGCAUGAAUGUGGCUUUCGUAUGGCUCUAUUCUUCUCGGCAGCUACCCUCGCUGGAGCCUUCGGCGGCAUUCUAGCUCGUGGCAUCGCAGAGAUGAGCGGCGUGGGUGGCAAGUCGGCAUGGGCGUGGAUCUUCAUUCUCGAAGGUCUGCUGAGCAUUCUUGUGUCUUUCACCGCGUACUGGGCAAUCUACGACUAUCCUGCCACAGCGAGAUUCCUGACUUCCAAGGAGCGAGAGGAAGUCCAAAGACGGCUGACUGUAGACCAUGGCCAUCUCUCCAAUGACUUUAAUAUCAAAUACGUCUGGCAAGCCAUCAAGGACUGGAAGAUUUACAUCCACAUGCUCAUCUGCAUGGCAGGCUUCUGUCCUAUCUACUCAUUUGCACUGUUUCUGCCAACCAUCAUCAAGGCCAUGGGCUAUACUGCGAACAAUGCACAACUGAUGAGCGUGCCCCCGUAUGUCUUCGCGUGCAUCUUUACAAUUGGAGCGAGCUACUUCGCCGACAGAGUGAGACAGCGGGGCGUGUUCCUGAUGGGUUUUCAGCUGAUUGCCAUCUUGGGAUUCGCCUUGCUAGCCGGGAGCGGAAAGCCACAUAUCCAGUAUACGGGAACCGUCUUUGCUGCCAUUGGUAAUGCCUCCCAAUUCAACUGA